AUGAAAAUUGAGGAGCGCAGGAUGUGGAAGGAGAUGCUGGAGAAGAGGAGGGAGAAGGUGAAGAAAGGCUGGAUGGUGGUGUCCGUCGGCCUCGACGACGGCGGCGGCACCACCCUCCGGCGCUUCAUGAUCCCCAUAUCGUAUCUGCGCCACCCACUGUUCAGGGGGCUGCUGGAGGCGGCCCAGGACGUCUACGGCUUCCCCUCCACCGGGCCGCUGAAGCUGCCGUGCUCCGUUGACGACUUCCUCCACCUCCGCUGGCUCAUCGAACGGGAAUUGCCCACCGCCGGCGACCACCGCCAUCGCCACAUUCGAUCCUUCCCUUCGCACUCCUGUUGA